AUAUUUCUAUUUAUAAUUUUAUAUUCUAGUGUAAUAUUUUGUUAAUGAAUAUUAUUAUAAUAUUUUUGCAUAUGUGCUAGUUAUUUAUAAUUGUUUAUGGAUUUGUAUUAAUUAUGAUAAACAUAAGGAUCAUAAACAUAAGUUAAAAUUUGAAGUUUUGAUUUUGGAGAAUAACAUCUUGAAACUUCAAAUAUAUAGUUUUUGUAAACUCUAUAAUAGAGAGUCUUUUUGUAGAUGCUCUUAGUUGAUUAAUAUAAUUUUAUUUGAUAAGAAAAAUACAGUUUCAGUUAUUUGAAAUGUUUAAAACGGUUAAUUUUGAUAAUUACCAUAUCAUAUUUGGUACGUACCACUUGAUUUUUUUGUUUUACAUUUUUCAAAUUGAUUUGUUCUAAGCCACCCACAUCUUUUCUGAUCCGUUUCAACUGUUUUCACAUGUUUAUUCGCCUAUCACGUGGAUCCAUAAAUUAACACUACAUCUACAAAAAUCGCAAUUAAAAGUAAAAGAAAACUACAUUCAUGUGGUGAAAAAGGCAGUCAAGAAGCAAAACAAAACUCAUUACGGUUGGUAGCAGUGCACUAGAUUUGGAACUACCGAAACAAACUGGGUUUAGAUGAAACUCAGCCACUUAUUAGAGCAUGUACAUUGAGGUAUCAUAAGAGGGUCAUGGGCCUGGGUUCACAUGUUUUUAAGUUGAAAAGAAAAAGGAAAAUGGGUAAUAUUAAGUGAAUCGGGCCGCUCUCGUGAACUUGUGUGAGACGAGUUCAACACACGUGGAGGCACCGGAUUGGCUGGACGGAGUCGUGAUGACGACGCGGAAAGGAGGUGUUUCGCGUUAUUCUCCUCAUUUCCUCUUCUCUCCCAAAUAGUUAGGGUUUGCGACUCGAGAGGCGAUUCUUGUAGCUAGGGCGAUCGAGAGGUCUGUUGUCCAUAAAAUCGAGGAGGGAGUGUCUCUUGAUCGAUCUCAGGUUCGUUUUCGAGUAGAGUUACGUUGUUAGGGUUUGUUUACACGGGUUUCAUCGAUUCGAUCUGAAGUUGAAUUGGGGGUUUCUCCUCCAAUAGAGUCUGGAGGAGAGAUCGAUUACGAGGUUUGUAGUUAAUCGAUCUUUUAGGGUUCCAUCGAGUCUCAGAACUCAAAUCGAGGGUUUAUUUGUUAGGGUUCCAUCGAGUCUGAGAUUUUUUUGUUAGGGUUCGAUCGAGUCUCGGAUUUGAAAUCGAUAAGAGGGUUUUUUUUAUUUAUGGUUGAAUAGAAUCGAUCUGAAAUCGAAUUGGGGGUAUAUUUGUUUGGGUUCUUUGUUUGGGUUCGUUAAAGAUUGGGUUGUGUUUCCGAGUAGAUUUGAAAUCGAUUAGAGAUUAGUGUUUCUCUUAGUUAACUGUUUCUGUUAGUUAGUUUAAUCACAUUGGGUUGUGUUUCAUUGUUUGGGUUCUGUUCUUUGUUUCUCUUACCGGUUCGUUUAAUCAUAUUAUUUUUAGUUAGUAUGUUCUAAUCAUUUCUUCUUUCUGGUGCAGAUGGAUCCCGCAGAAGAAAUAAGACAUUCAAAAAAACAAAGGGAGGACUGCAACAUGUUAUGGUUCGUCGAGGAUUCACAGUACGGGAUUCCAAGAAGGUGUGCUUGCGGUGGGAAAAUCAUUGACGAGGUCCGGGGGAAGGAAGACUACGACAGUCAUCCUGGAAAGCGCUACUUCACGUGCAUCAACUAUGAAGAUGAUGGGUUGCAUUAUAGUCAUCCUUGGGUGGUUGGUGUCCAGGAGGAGAUCGAAAGGCUGAGGAAGCGUCUGGAGGAUGCUGAGGAGGAGAUCAAGGGGGUGUGGAAUCUCAAGUUCCAGAUUCAGACCCUGCAGGUAAGUCUAUUUUCCUGUUAUUUUAGAAGUAACCUUGUAUGUAAGUCCUUAAUGAGUAACUAACACUGUAUUAUUGUUGUUUCCAUUGGCAGGAACAGGUUAGAAGCCUCACUGUCCAGGUCGGUACCCUGGAGAAUGUGUGCUUCGACUGAAAAUCAGAGGUAAAUGUUUAAAAUCCAUCUUAUGCUGUGAUGUAUCAUCUUGUUUGGUUCCUCUGAUUGUAUUAAUUUUCUAAACUAGAUCUAGAGCGAAAAGUACAGUCGAAUUAAAGAUGUGUUGGUUGGUUGCUUGCUCUUAAUGGUUGAAGUAGUAGUUGAUUGUAUUAAGUAGUCGAUUUGAUGUGUCAUUACUUCUCUCUGUGAAGUAGUUGCUUGCUCUAUUAGUUUUUAUAUUCAAUGUUUGGCAGGUAGAGUUUAAUUUUUAACUUCUAUCUAAGCUAAAACUACUUUAAAUAGAGAACCAAAACCCCAUUAACUUAAUAGAAUCAUGGAACACUUUUCCGGGUUAGUUUCGCUACUCUGUUCGCAGAGCAGUCUAGCAAUGGAAUGCGAGUAUGCUGAGGCUGUAGCGAACUCUCCCGUCUUAGUGAAACCGGUUUCAAAGAGAAAGUGGUCAACAAAAGAGGACCUUGUGCUUAUCAGUGGUUGGCUGAACACGAGCAAAGACCCUAUUGUCAGUAACGAGCAGAAGGUUACUUCCUUUUGGAAGAGAAUUGAGGCGUAUGUUAAUUGUAGCCCUCUGCUCACUGGCUGCGUUCCUAGAGAAUGGAGUCAGUGUAAGCAGAGGUGGGGAAGGGUCAACGAGCAGGUCUGCAAGUUUGUGGGAAGUUAUGAAGCGGCUCUGAAGCACCAAUCAAGUGGUGAAAAUGAGGAUGAUGUCAUGAAGGCUGCUCAUGAGAUCUUCUUCAAUGAUUAUCAAGCGAAGUUCACCAUGGAACACUGUUGGAGGGAACUGAGACAUGAUCAGAAGUGGAAGUCAGUUUUUAAGUCAAGAGAUGGCGGCAAGGAGAAAAGGAAGGAAGCUGAGGAGGUGAUACCUGAGGAGGAGGUUAGACCGCCUGGUGUUAAGGCUUCCAAAGAAGCCAAACGCAAGAGGCACGGUCAUGAAGCUGCUUUCGAUCAAAUUGAGAGUAUCUUGGCUGAGAGAAAGAAAAUUUCUCAGCAGAAACUCCUAGAUCGUCUCCUUGCCAAAAAGGAAACUGAUCUAUCUCCUAACGAAAUCACCCUCAAAAACAAACUCAUUUCUGAACUCCUUGAUUGAAUUGGUUAACUUGCUUGCUCGAAUCUCUGUUUUUUCUUUUGUUGAACUCGAUAUGUUUAGUUAUUAACUUUGAAGUUGCCUUUUUCUUUUGCAGGUUUCUAUGUCACGGGUUGCUGUGUCUGUUGCUGGAUCACGGGUUGCUAUGUCUGGAUCACGGGUUGCUAUGUCUGUUGCUGGUAUUAAUAAGUCUGUUGUUGCUUUAUUUGUACGGGAUCAGUGUAGUAUUUUGUUAGUUUCUACACUGAUGUUGCUUUAUGAUGAACGGAUGCAGUGGAGUCUUUCUCGCACUGCUACUAUGUCCUUUUGUUUCACGGGUUGUACUAUGUUUUGACACUAGUUUAUUUAAGUCACGGGUUGUACUAUGUAACAAAGAAGCAUAUAUAAAUAUGCUCUUGAUGUAUGUUUCUAAAUCAGAACUCAACUACUUCUCUUUCUGUCUCUGUCUUUGAAUUUCAAAAUUUCAAGAACACAACUUCUGAAACACUUGAUCAACUACUUCUCUUCCUUGAUGUCUUUCUGAAACACUUGAUCAACUAUAAACGAAGAGGACAACUAUGCUUCUACUGCCUCACCCAACCGAGAACAACACAACCAACGUAAGCUCUUCAUUACAUUAUAAUACUAAGGUUAAACGAGAUUGACAUGAUCAGACUUACGCAAUGUUAAUUGCAAAUUGAUAAAAUUCAUAAUUGAUAAUUUGUUAUAUUUUGGACUAGAGAAUAAAAUUGAUAAUUUGUUAUAUUUUGGAGUAGAGAAUAAAAUUGAUAAUUUGUUAUAGUUUGGACUAGAGAAUAAAAUUGAUAAUUUGUUAUAUUUUGGACUAGAGAAUAAAAUUGAUAAUUUGUUAUAUUUUGGAGUAGAGAAUAAAAUUGAUAAUUUUUAUUUUUUGGGCUAGAGAAAAAAAAAUGAUAAUUUGUUAUAUUUUGGAGUAGAGAAUAAAAUUGAUAAUUUUUAUUUUUUUGAAAAAAGAAAGAAUGUCAAGCUCCUCAAAUGAUGAAGUAUAUGAAGUUUUUGAGGAAAUGGUGGACCAACAAAUCGAUGAUUUCAUCGACUCUGUUCUAACCAAAGAGCCGAAGAGACGAGUAUACAUCGAAAGAGAUCGGGAACAAGGACACAAUCAACUAUGGCAGGAUUACUUCAGUGAAAAUCCUACAUACACACACGACAUGUUUAGGCGGCGUUUUCGAAUGAACAAAUCUUUGUUCCUUCGCAUUGUCGAACGCCUAGGUAAUGAAAUUCCAUACUUUCAGCAACGAAGAAAUGGUCAUGGAAGGAACGGCCUCUCUACACUUCAAAAAUGCACUUCAGCCAUACGAUCGUUGGCAUACGGUCAAGCGGGAGAUGUCAAUGACGAAUAUCUCCGACUUGCGGCAAGUACUGCAAUUUUAUGUUUGUAGAAUUUUGCGGAAGCGAUAAUACAAUUGUUUGGAGAUGAGUAUCUAAGAACACCUACAACAGAAGAUCUUCAAAUACUACUUGACGCUGGAGAGGCACGCGGGUUUCCGGGGAUGAUAGGCAGCAUCGAUUGUAUGCAUUGGGAGUGGAAAAACUGCCCUACGGCUUGGAAAGGUCAGUUCACACGUGGUUCAGGAAAGCCGACAAUUGUCUUAGAAGCUGUGGCAUCACAAGAUCUUUGGAUAUGGCACUCAUUUUUCGGAUUACCAGGUACCCUUAACGGUAUCAAUGUUCUUGAUCGGUCACCAGUUUUUGAUGACAUUUUACAAGGUCGAGCACCUAAAGUGAAGUUCAAGGUCAACAACCACACUUAUCAUAUGACCUACUAUCUCACCGAUGGAAUUUAUCAUAAUUGGGCAACAUUUAUCCAAUCCAUCCCGCUUCCUCAAGGUCCUAAAGCCCAAAAAUUUGCAGAAAGGCAAGAAUCAGUCAGAAAAGAUGUCGAACGGGCAUUUGGAGUGUUGCAAUCGAGGUUUGCAAUUGUAAAAAACCUGCUCUAAAAUGGAACAUGGAAAAGAUAGGAAAGAUAAUGAGAACGUGUGUCAUAUUGCACAAUAUGAUAGUAGAGGAUGAACGACACGGAUACACUCUAGCUGAUACAUCUGAGUUCCAAGGUGAAAACGAGGGAAAGUGUGAAUGUCGAUAUGCUUAACAUUCGCAAUCAAAUUCGGGAUCCAGGUGUACAUGAGCGUUUGAAAGCUGAUUUAGUUGAAAAUGUUUGGGAAAAAUUUGGUAAUCGUGAUGAAUAAUCUUUGUAUGUUCAUGAUUUUUCAAUGUAUUGAAUAAAAACUUUUCAUAAAUAAUGUAAAAUAUUUAGUAAGUUUCUUUAAAAAAAUAAUUUUUUUAAAUGAAAAAUUAUAUAUAUUUUUUUCAGAAAAAAUAUUAUUUUAUUUCUAUGAACCCGGAUUUGAGGUUCAUUGAUGGAGGAGCACAAUUGAUCCGGGUUCAACACUGUUCACGGGCCCACAAUUAAAUACAUAAAAAAUACAUAUGAAUCCCAAUAGGGGGUUGAUGUACAUGCUCUUAGAUAACCAACGGUAUAACAACACGUCACCUUUUUAAUUUCGUGGAACUAAACUAAUAAAGUCUCCGAGAUUUCCAUGACUGAUGAUUCUAUACAAACAUAGAAGAAGAAAACAUAUAUAAGUAGAGGUAUUUAGUGUUUCAAAAAAAGAAAAAGUAGAGGUAUUUAAUUCGCCACGCCGGUCUAACUUGUUUUGUUACUUUCUUGUUUGAUAAUAAUGUCCACUAACAGAAUAUUAUUGUCCAAAAGUAUCUCGAAUUAGUCAACUAGGGUCAAUUUCACCAUCGAUGGUUAGAAAAGUAGAUAUUAUUUUGGAUGAAGCUAGACUUGAAUUUGAAACGAUAUUAUAUUUUGGUGAAUUGUGUGGUUCACUGGUUUUGCUAUGCAUUGUUGAUUAUUGUUCUCAAAUCUGAUGGAAUACUCUUUUAAGUAACCAAAAAGCAAAUAACUUUGUAGAUAUUAUAAAAGUGCCAUUAACCAAAAGCAUGUAUUAAUAUGGUACAGGAGUAUCAAGUUUGAUACCAUUUAAAUUUAUUCAGUAAAAAAAAGUAAAAUUAUUUCCAAAAGUCUAUCUUCUCAGUCGUAAUACCGACAUAAGUUCUAUACUCAAAACUAUACUACAAAACAAAUAUAUUGGUUAAAUAACUUUUAUUUGGGCUUCGUUUUUAUAUACUAUCAGCUAAUUUCAGACUAUUUUCAAUAUAUUUUGCUAAUUUAUUUUUAAAAUAGAUAAAUUUAAUUUAUAAUAGAAAUAAAGUUUUAUUCCAAUGUUUUUCAAAUGAUAAUUUUUAAUUAUAAAACAAAAUAAAAAUUACUAUUUUUCUAUUUUUUUAGAGAAAAUAAUGACAUUCUUUAUUUUACAUGAAAAAAUAUAGUUAAACUGGAGUGGAUUUACCUUUAAAUGCUAUUAUAAAAACAAAUAUAAAAGUGGGUCCGAAUAAUUCUUACAGAGAAAAUUAACAAGAGUAUCAUACAUAAGGCACGUCAUUUGGAUUAAAAUUAAACACUUCAGCUAACGUUACUUGCCAACUUCAAGUACGACUGAUAGUGGGGGAGCUACCAUAGUGGCAUGUGGGUCAAAUGACCCAUGUAAAAUUUUGUAAAUUUUUUUUUACAAAAUUUACAUGUAUUUCUUGCAUAAAAAUCUAAAGAGUAAGCUGGUUGACCCUUGUAAAAUACAAAUGUUAUCAGUUUGAUCCAUGUAUUUUUUGUAUAUUGUGGACAUGGAGGUAGGACCGUAGGAUGAACAUCCAAUCGUUUGGACCUAAAUGUGGGUCAUAAAUACAAAGAAAAAAUGAUCGAAUAUUCCUUAACACCACAUGGAAU